GGCAUACCUUAUCUUCUCUAUCAUGGAAAAUCUGCAGAGAAAACCCAAAGCCUUUGUGGUUUAUAAGCUUAAACAUCUAAAUACAACAAGUCUUUGGCUAUAUGACCUUGAGAGAAUGAAGCUCAAGACUUCAUUUUUGCUAAUCCUCUGUUCUAUCCUUAUAACCUUAGACUCUGUUUCUUCACAAAUCUGCUUGAAUGGAUCCUUCAGACCAAAUCCCACUUACGACUUAAACCGUCGUCGAAUCCUCUCUUUUCUUGCUUCUAAUGUCACAUCUCACAACGGCUUCUUCAACUCCUCCAUGGGUCAAGAUCCCAACAGAAUCUUCAUCAUUGCCAUGUGCAUCCCUGGAACUAAACCAGAUACUUGUUCAGGUUGCAUCAAAGACGCAUCAGAGAGCUUAUCACAGAGCUGUCCUAACCAAACAGAUGCUUAUACAUGGCAAGAUUCUUGUAUGGUACGUUAUUCCAACAUUUCCUUCUCUGCAUCAUACGAUAUUGGACCGUCUCAAGACCUGUACAGUCCCGGAGAUAUCAACUCUAAUGUAACAGUCUUUGAUAGAAUUGGGGAAGAUUUGAUGGCCCGUACGAUAACUGCAGAUCCAUUGAGGACUCAUGGACAUAAGUAUUAUGCAGCAGAUGUUGCUUCCUUGACAGCUUUCUUAACUAUGUACGCGAUGAUGCAAUGUACACCGAAUCUUUUUCCAGGGCAUUGCGGGUUUUGUCUGAGAGCCAUUCUUCAAGAUUAUGAGUCAUGUUGUCGCAAGAAAAAAAGUGGUACUGUUACAACACCGAGUUGCUUUAUCCGGUGGGAUUUGCAUCCUUUUUCCGGAGCUUUUGAGAAUAUUACACUGCAGUCUUUACCUCAGCCAACGGGGAAAGAUGGAAAAACGAUUUCGAUAGGGAUUAUUGGGGCAAUUGUUGUCCCUAUCAUCGUUAUAUUGGUACUACUUGUUGUAGGAUUGAUUUUUUGCAGAAGAAGGAAGUUAAACCAAACAGUUAAAACUCAAGUUGGUGAAGAGAUCGUAUCAAUAAACUCACUGGAAUUCAAUCUUAAGACGAUUGAAGCUGCAACUGAUAAGUUUUCGGACAGUAACAUGAUCGGACGAGGUGGAUUUGGUGAAGUUUACAAGGGAAAGCUUUUAACUGGAACUGAAGUAGCAGUGAAGAGACUGUCAAAAACAUCAGGACAAGGUGCUCAAGAGUUUAAGAACGAGGCUGUUCUUGUCACAAAGCUUCAGCAUAGGAAUUUAGUUAGACUUCUUGGAUUUUGUUUGGAAGGAGAAGAAAAGAUACUUGUCUACGAGUUUGUACCUAACAAAAGCCUCGACUAUUUCCUGUUCGACCCUGCAAAGCAAGGUGAACUAGAUUGGACAAGACGGUACAACAUUAUUGGAGGGAUUGCUCGAGGGAUUCUAUAUCUUCAUCAAGAUUCACUACUUACUAUCAUACACCGUGAUCUCAAAGUCAGUAACAUUCUCUUAGAUGCUGACAUGAACCCCAAGAUCGCGGAUUUUGGUAUGGCGAGGAUUUUUGGAGUUGAUCAAUCUCAAGCUAACACAAGCAAAAUCGUUGGAACAUAUGGUUAUAUGUCUCCAGAAUAUGCAAUGCGAGGCCAUUUCUCAAUGAAAUCUGAUGUCUAUAGCUUUGGAGUAAUGAUUCUGGAGAUUAUAAGUGGCAAAAAGAAUAGCAGUUCCUACGACAUUGAUGAUUCUUCUGGCAAUUUGGUCACACAUGCUUGGAGUCUUUGGGGAAGCGAGUCUCCAUUAAAACUAGUGGAACCGUCAAUAAUAGAGAGUUAUGAGAGUAAUGAGGCUAUUAGAUGCAUCCAUAUCGCACUUUUAUGUAUUCAAGAAGAUCCUGCUGAUCGUCCAAUGUUACCAGAGAUCAUCGUGAUGCUCACUGAUUUCACAACCACUUUACCUGUACCUCGAAUGCCUAGAUUUUGCCACUCAAGCAUGAGUGAUCUUGCCUCCCAGUCAACAAGCAGGUCUAUUCCCGAUUCUAUCAAUGAUGCAUCGAUUACAAAUAUUUAGAUCUUCGUUCAAGAAUGGUGUUUUCUAGAUACUGGAACAUCUUCUCUUGAUUCUUGUCACUGCUCUACUUUAUGAGACAUUUGAACUAUAUAGACGUAGGUACAGUAUAUCUCACUUGCUAUAAUUAGUAAUUACAUAUAUACAUGCUUUG